AAGAUAUCACAGUUCAUGUUAAACAAGAUUUUGGUCGAGGUAGAAAUUUUAAUAUGGAACAAAGAGCAGUGAUUAAAUUUAACGCAAAACUUUGGUAAAAGUGCAUCAGAAACAUUCCGAUUGAUGCAACAAAUUUACGGCAAUCAAUGUCUAGGUCGUACAGCUGUUUUUGAGUGGCAUAAGCGUUUUUUGGAAGGCAGAGAAACCCUUGAAGAUGACAAAAAAUCAGGACGGCCAAUUUUGGUUCGAACACCCGAAAUGAUCGAAAAAGUACGUAAUUUUGUUGCAAACGAUCGCAAUGCGUCACUAAAAAUGAUGGAGGAGGCUUUAAAUAUCAGUAGAGAAACGAUUCGAACCAUAUUACAUGAAGAUUUGGGUAAAACGAAGAGACAUUUCUACCUCGACCAAAAUCUUGUUUAACAUGAACUGUGAUAUCUUCGUUAUAUGUCAACCAAAAUGAAUGAAACUU